AGUCCGCAGGCCGACGCUCGAUCCACUGAGCCCAGCCGGCCAGGGAGAGAGAAAGGUUUUGAGGGCACCUGGCGUCUCUACUUGGGUGUCUCGCAGGCAUCUUCAAUUCCACAGUCAUUUCCUGGGGACCCAGCCCCCCAGCAUCUCCAGCCUGGCGCCUGGCAAAACAGACCUUCAGAAAACACUGGUCGGUGACCAGAUGCUCCGCAUCAUGGUGCCUAGCACCGCUGCCUCUCAGCUUGCACAAGGCAGCGCUCCCUCCCCGUGGCCUCACACAUCAUUCCCUCCCAGCUCCUCUACCUUCACCUUCUUAAUGCACCUCUGGAAUCCGGCCUCUGCGUCAUCUCUGCCAUCUUCCUGAUGUCAGGUGUUCAUAGCGCCCCCAGAGCAGAUGGGGUGUCCAAAAGUCCUGCAGGGAGAAACAGAGAGAGUGCUGCAGUCCAAGAUAAUUUUGAAAUAGAGUUACUUCAGGCCCAAUACAAAGAACUUAAAGAGAAGAUGAAGGCAAUGGAAGAAGAAGUUCUCAUUAAAAACGGAGAAAUUAAAAUUUUGCGGGACUCACUGCAUCAGACAGAAUCCGUUUUGGAGGAACAGAGAAGAUCGCAUUUCCUGCUGGAGCAGGAGAAAGCGCAGGCCCUGAGCGACAGGGAGAAGGAGUUCUCCAAAAAGCUCCAGUCGCUGCAGUCCGAGCUCCAGUUUAAAGAUGCGGAGAUGAAUGAAUUAAGGACAAAGCUUCAGUGCAAUGAACGAGCACAUAAGCCAGCUGUUCCCUCCACGUCCCACGGCAGUCCUAGGAAAAGCCCUUCUGUGGCUCUAAAGCCAGAAGCGUGUUCUCCACAAUUUGGAAAACCAUCUUUCCCCACAAAGGAGUCUUUUAACGCGGACAUGUCCGUCCCCCACCCCCGCCACCCAGAGCCAGGGUGCAAGUCGCUGGCGGGCCCAGAGGAAAAUAAGACCCACAGUCUGGGAGGUGACCCCACAAAGCAAGAAGAGUCCCCAAAAAGUCUUGUUGGCAGCCUGAUGCAGAGAUCAAACCCUCAAGGUUCCAUUUUGAUCAGCCUUCUCCUGAAGCAGCCGUUGAUCCCAGGGUCACCCCUCGGUCUGUGCCACCUCCUGAGCUGUGGUUCUGAGGCUCCCACCAGCACCCUGCUGCAGCCCCUGGGGCUUGGCAGCGCCGGGGCUGGGAUUUCAGGCCUGAGGACCACAGGCUCUCGCGAUGGGCCGUUUCCCCUCUCGGCCCUGCGAGAAGCACAGGACCUGGCCCUGACCGGACUGAACCUGAUCGCCCGGGAGGAGGACUCCUGUGCCGGGGCCCCAGCGGAGGGGGGCCCAGGGGCCUUCCCGCUCUGCCCGCUUCCCGGUGCCACGCACCUGCUCCCCCUGUCGGCCGCGGGGGGCCUUGCCGGGGACCAAGGCCAGCACCCCCUGCUGGAGGCGCUGCUCCGCCUGUUAGCUUUCUCUUCCGCAGCCGCAGGCCACCUUCCAGCCAGCCUCCUCAGCCAGUGCCUUAAGGUGUUGGUGAAAUUAGCUGAAAACUCUCCCUUUGAGCUCUUGCCCAGGUUCCAGUGUGUGUUCCCGCUGCUGCCACAGUGCCUCCGCCCGGACGUCCCCCUGCCCAGCGUGCUGCUGGCGGUGGAGCUCCUGGCCCUCCUGGCCGACCACCAGGCGCUGGCACCUCAGCUCUGCUCCCGCUCAGAAGGGUGCCUCCUGCUGCUGCUGUACAUGUACAUCACCUCCAGGCCCGACAGCGCGGCCACGGACAUGCAGUGGCUCCACCUGGAGCAAGAGGCCGUGUGGCUCCUGGCUAAGCUGGGCAUACAGAGCCCCGUGUCCCCGGUCACUGGCUCCAGCUGCCAGUGCAACGCGGAGGUGGUCCGGGUGCUCACGGUGGUGCUGCACAGACAGUGGCUGACGGUGCGGAGGGCAGGGAGAGCCCCGAGGACGGCGCAGCAGAGGCGCACGGUGCGGUGUCUGCGGGAUGGGGCGCUGCUGCUGCACAGCCUGUCCCAGAAGGACAAGCUCUUCGCCGUGCACUGCGUGGGGGUCCUGCACCAGUACGACCAGGCGGUGCCCGGGGUCAGCGCGCUCAUCCGCAGCCUCCCCGACGUGACCGACUGCGAAGAGGCUGCCCUGGAUGACCUCUGCGCGGCAGAGCCCGACGCGGACGACCCCGACAUGGACUGCGGCUGAGGUCUGAGCAUCGCGCCCGCGGCUUCCUCCCGGGCUGAUUAAAGCAGUGCCGCUGAGAACUGC